AUGAACAACACAAUCCCGCUGGAGUUACCAGCAACGCUUCCGUAUGAUUUUUACCUGGUUACCUGCCGCAACAGCUCUGAGGUAAUUAUCUACGAGAAUUUAUUCUCCAAUAUUUCACCAACGUCCGUUCAUCGCGACUUCCCGGUGGAAGAGGAAUCACCACAACACUUGAGCGUCAUCUUGUUUGGUAUUGAUUCAGCAUCGAGGUCAUCUGCAAUUCGGAGACUCCCAAAGACAAUGGACCUUCUGAGAGAUAUGCGAGCAUACGACUUUAAAGGACAUACAAAAGUUGGAGAAAACACCUUUCCAAACAUGAUACCACUGCUCACGGGGUUGAAUGUGUCUGAAUUAUAUUUACCUGAAAUGCCGUACAUGGACAAAAUAUCCUUUCUGUGGAAUUAUUAUUCUAAAACUGGCUAUACAACGUUUUAUGCUGAAGAUUGGCCUAGCUGGGAUACAUUUAACUACAACAAAAAUGGGUUCCAGUAUCCUCCCACUGACCACUAUAUGAGACCAUUUCAGCUAGCACUGAAAAGCGCUGAAGAUAUAAAAUACCCAUAUAUAAGCGAAUAUUGUUAUAAUGGUAUGUCGAGGCACUCACUACAAAUCAAUUAUCUCAAGCAGUUUAUGGAUCUCUAUAAAGGGAAACGUCGUUUUGCUUUGUCGAUGAUCAACGGUUUAUGCCAUAAUACUGAGGAAAACCUUCAAUAUGGCGAUGACGAUUUGUGCGACUUCGUACAGUGGAUGGAUAAUGAAGGACAUCUAAACAAUACUGUUUUCAUCAUUUUUGGGGAUCAUGGAAAUAGAAUCAGUGGUAUAAGACGCACACUUGUCGGCUAUUUAGAAGAUCGCAUGCCAUUGCUGCAAAUGAUUAUACCAGAACAACUUAAAGCACAUGCGACGGUACAUGAAUCGUUGCUUGCGAAUACAAACAGACUAACAACCCAUUUUGACCUUCAUCAAACUAUAGUUGAUAUUUUGAAACGGAGUUUUUCAAGACCAUCUAUUGCUUAUCGCGAGGGCAAGGUUCGCGGAAUAAGUCUCUUCCAGACAAUUCCCUUGGCAAGAACUUGUACAGAUGCAUGCAUCCCGGAUACCUAUUGCGUCUGUGACCAAACAAUUGAGGAACCUACGACGAACGCUUUAGCAAAAACGAUGUCAGAAACAGGCGUGCAAAUGUUAAAUCACAUGAUGUUGGCAGAAGAACUAUGCGCUAACUUAACACUCGAUACAACUACGUCUGUGCGAAAGUAUCUAAGGACAAUCAAGGAAACACGACUCAUACAAUCGGCUCUGUCUCUCCUUGGGAAUGACGACGUUUUGGACAGAUACAUUGUACAAUUUCAAACAACACCAGGAUUCGGUAUCUUCGAAGCAACUUUUGGCGUUUAUCAAGAUAGAGGUGUACGUGUGGAGGGUAGCAUAGACCGAGUGAACAUAUACGGGAAUCAGUCAGCAUGUAUACAAGACAAUGCACUGUUAAAAACGUACUGUUAUUGCGUGUAG